ACUCCCCACAACUCCCAAAGGCAUCAACCACAACCAGCACAGCAUUCGCAGGCUGCACCGCUUCCCUCCGUCUCCGAGUCCCAUCACCGCUCCAAAGCUUCAACUCUAGAUGGAACGGUUCAGGACGGAGAGACGGGUCCAGAUUCAAGAUUCCAGAUCCGAUCCUUCCAAAGACGGUGGUGUCGAGGAUGACGACUCCUCUCGAGGGCGAUACGAUAACGAAAUCGAACAAGAGGAAAAUUUGCGCUUGAGUUUUUCCAACGGCAGUGUUUCCGAAGAUCAAGAGCCAUUCAUGGGCAUCAAGGUCCGGAGAAAGGCGUCUCUUCACAGAGAUUUUAAAGGGGACUACAUCGAUGUCCCUUCACAACCUUCUUUGAUGAAAAUUUUGCAGAAACAAGGGGACAAGCAAGUUCUGUUUGCAGAUAAAGUUUUGAAGUUCACUGGCUUGGGGAAAAUGAAAAAACGUAUCCUCUUAAUUACUGAUUUCGCCAUUUAUAUUGUUGACCCGGAUACUGGUGCCCUUAAAAGGAGGAUAGCCCUUGCAGCUGUUGAGAGAAUGUGUCUGAGCGAACUAAGUGAUAACUUUUUUGCAGUAAUAAUUCCAACAGAGUAUGAUCUAUUCAUGGCCAGUACUAGAAAAACUGAAAUUGUCACUGUGUUAGUCGAAGCUACUAAGAGUGCAUCUGAUUAUCAACUUGAUGUGGUUUUCUCCAAUAGGUUUGAGUAUAAUGCUGCCUCUGACAUUGUCAAGGAAAUACAGUUUGAGGAAGUUGAAGGGGGGGUGAAAACAAGAAUUUUGAGGAAGUGAGUUGCAGUGCCCUUUGUGUGAUGGCUGAGUUAGGAGAUACGUACAGCUAAUGAUUCUGGGGUGAUUGUGUGACCAAGGUUCUCACUGGGAUAGUUUGGCUUCUCUUUUGAAUGUCUGAAUUAUGCCUGUAAUUCUGAUACCUCAUAUUUCAAAAUGAAAGAAAUAUAUAUACGUGAUGUAAAAUUUUUACUCGAAACCAGAUUGGCGGAUUUCUCUGGAUGAAUGAAAUGGCCCAUGGAACCCUUGUAGUUUUUAUUAUAUUAUAUCCAGCCACACCUUUUUUAA